AUGUGUCCGAUAUGCAAAUCGUCGAGAUACUUGAAUCCAGAUAUGAGGUUCCUAGUGAAUCCCGAGUGCUAUCACAAAAUCUGUGAGAGUUGUGUAGACCGGAUAUUCUCGGUGGGUCCAGCCCAGUGUCCGUAUGCUGGAUGUGAGAAGAUUCUUCGAAAGAACAAGUUCAAGACACAGGUGUUCGAGGAUUUGGGUGUAGAACGAGAAGUCGACAUCCGGGCACGAGUCAGCAGAACUUUUAAUAAGAGACAACAGGAUUUUGACUCACUGGACGAUUACAAUGACUAUCUAGAAGAAGUGGAAAACAUCAUAUUCAACCUCGUCAACGGAGUGGAUGUUGAAGCCACAGAGUCUAAACUACAAGCAUAUGAACAAGCCAACAGAAACAUUAUCCUUGCCAAUUCGCUACGGCAGAAACAGGAAGACGAACAGAUGGAAGAAUUACAGAGUUUAGAGACCCAGAGACGUCGUAAAGCGCAAUUGUUAGCAUUACAAGCAGAGGAGGAUGAGAGAAGAAUCAAAGAACAGACUGAGAAGGAGCUUGUACGGCAACUGGCGACUGGUGAAGGAGAUGCAGCUGCGAUCAUGAAAAACGUGUCCAACAUGGCAUUGAAACGGUCUAGUGCGAGAAGACGUCAACUCGAGGAGGAACUCAGACAGCCAUUGUCCAUUCCAUUGAGACUGCGAGGAGCUCGUAGCGCGACUCCUGGCAAUGCUACUCCAUUCACCCCAUUCAACGGCGAUAGACAGCAGGAAUACCUUUUCACAGUCAACGACGAGUACUUCGAUCCUCUCAUGAACGACGUCGCCAACAACCCACAGUACCGUGCGUCAGGCUUCUCCGUCAAAGGCUCGUUCCGCCAGGCUCUUGUCAGCGCUUUUUUCGGCAUCGGCUGCGAUGUUCAGCAUGAGAAGGCCGCUCCGCUGGCAGUGUAG